GCAGGGCAGCCCCUUCCCCUCAGCCUCCCUGCUGCCUGCUCUAGAACCCAUUUCAGGAAAUCAGGGCAUGAAGCGGGGCCCCCACUACCCAUGAAGCCACCCCCAGGGUCUAGAAGACAGAUGUCUGCCCGGUGGAAAUUGGGGCCCUUUAUAUUGCCCCAAACGCCAGGAGUCAAGACAGCUCCGCCCACUUGGGCCUUCCGCUGUGUCCCCCCCCCAACCCAGCACCUCGGCCCCAGCAGGAUACCCAGGACCUAUUCACACAGGGGGCUUGGGUCUCACUUGCCACCAGGCUUGUCGUUACUCUGUUAGCUCUCUGAGGCCAGGGGUUUCUCUUCUCGGUCUUGUCAUUUCUUAUAUCUCUUAACACGUGCAAGCAGCACUGACUUUUUUCAUAUUUGCUGAAUGUAUGCAAGGAGAAGGGCAGCUCCCUGGCUCAAGAGCAAAUGGCCAGAGAACUCAGAAGACCAGAAGAAAAUUCCUGGCCAUUCAGCAUGAUGUCCCAGGGAUCCUCACCCUCCCUUCUGGAGGCCCUGAGCAGCGACUUCCUGGCCUGUAAAAUCUGCCUGGAGCAGCUGCGGGCACCCAAAACCUUGCCCUGCUUGCAUACCUAUUGCCAGGACUGCCUCGCCCAGCUAGCCGAGGACGGCCACCUCCGAUGCCCUGAGUGCCGCGAGACCGUGCCAGUGCCACCAGCUGGCGUGGCCGCCUUCAAGACCAACUUCUUUGUCAAUGGGCUCCUGGAUUUGGUGAAGGCUCGGGCUGGUGGAGACCUGCAUGCAGGAAAGCCAGCCUGUGCGCUGUGCCCACUGAUGGGGGGGGCUAGUGCCGGGGGGCCAGCCACAGCCCGGUGCCUAGACUGUGCUGAUGACCUGUGCCAGGCCUGUGCCGAUGGGCACCGCUGCACCCGACAGACUCACACCCACCGAGUGGUGGACCUGGUGGGCUACAGGGCAGGGUGGUAUGACGAGGAGGCCCGGGAGCGCCAGGCAGCCCAGUGCCCCCAGCACCCAGGAGAGGCCCUGCGCUUCCUGUGCCAGCCCUGUUCCCAGCUGCUGUGCCGUGAGUGUCGCCUGGAUCCCCACCUGGAUCACCCCUGCCUGCCCCUGGCUGAAGCUGUGCGUGCCCGGAGACCAGGCCUUGAGGAGUUACUAGCAGGUGUGGACAAGAACCUGGCCGAGCUAGAGGCUGCCCGGGUGGUGGAAAAGGAAGCCUUAGCCCGCCUGCGGGAGCAAGCGGCCAGGGUGGGGACACAGGUGGAGGAGGCUGCCGAGGGGCUCCUCCGGGCCCUCCUGGCCCAGAAGAAGGAAGUGCUGGGGCAGCUCCGGGCCCACGUGGAGGCUGCUGAGGAGGCUGCUCGGGAAAGGCUGGGAGAGCUGGAGAGCCGGGAGCAGGUGGCCCGGGCCGCGGCUGCCUUUGCCCGCCGGGUGCUCAGCCUCGGUCGCGAAGCCGAGAUCCUCUCGCUGGAGGGGGCAAUUGCCCAGAGGCUCCGGCAGCUGCAGGGUUGUCCCUGGAUGCCUGGACCAGCCCCCUGUCUGCUGCCCCAGCUGGAGCUCCAUCCUGGGCUCCUGGACAAGAACAGCCACCUGCUGUGGCUCUCCUUUGAGAAUCAGCAGUCCCAGAAGGACAGUGGGAAAGAUGGAGCUGGGAGCCAGGGAGGUGAGGAAGCCCAGAGCCCCAGAGAGGAUGGAGCCAAGAUGGAGAGACAAGGUGCCGCCCAGCCCCAGAGUAGGGAUGGAGCCCAGACUCCAAAAGAGGACCGAGCCCAGCUGCCCCAGGAAAAUGGAGCCCAGACCCCAAAGACAGACAGAGCCCAGGCCCCGAGAGAAGGCAGAUCCCAGAUGCCUCAAGAGGAUGGAGAAGUCCAGACUGCAGGGGGCGGCAGAUCCAACAAGAAGAGGAAAUUCAAAGGCAGGCUCAAGUCCAUUUCCCGGGAGCCCAGCCCUGCACCCGGGCCCAACCUGGAGGGCUCUGGCCUCCUCCCCAGGCCCAUCUUUUCUUGCAGCUUUCCCACUCGGAUGCCGGGAGACAAGCGGUCUCCCCGGAUCACCGGGCUCUGUCCCUUUGGCCCCCGGGAGAUCCUGGUGGCUGAUGAGCAGAACCGGGCUCUGAAGCGCUUCUCCCUUAAUGGCGACUACAAAGGCGCUAUACCUGUCCCCGAGGGCUGCUCCCCGUGCAGCGUGGCCGCCCUGCAGGGUGCGGUGGCCUUCUCAGCUGGGGCUCGGCUGUACCUCAUAAGCCCCGACGGUGAGGUGCAGUGGCGCCGGGCACUGAGCCUGUCCCAGGCCAGCCAUGCGGUGGCUGCCAUGCCGAGUGGGGACCGGGUGGCUGUCAGUGUGUCGGGCCACGUGGAGGUGUACAACAUGGAAGGCAGUCUGGCCACCCGCUUCAUCCCUGGCGGCAAGGCCAACCGAGGCCUUCGGGCACUGGUGUUUCUGACCACCAGUCCCCAGGGCAAUUUUGUGGGGUCAGAUUGGCAGCAGAAUAGUGUGGUAGUCUGUGAUGGGCUGGGUCAGGUGAUUGGGGAGUACGGGGGACCAGGCUUGCAUGGCUGCCAGCCAGGCUCCGUGUCUGUGGAUAAGAAGGGCUAUAUUUUUUUGACCCUCCGAGAGGUCAACAAGGUGGUGAUCCUGGACCCAAAGGGGUCAUUGCUAGGCGACUUCCUGACAGCCUAUCAUGGCCUGGAAAAGCCCCGGGUGACCACCAUGGUGGACGGCCGGUACUUGGUCGUGUCCCUCAGUAAUGGGACCAUCCACAUCUUCCGGGUCCGCUCUCCUGACAGUUAAAGGACUGGGACUGGGGUGGAACUGGGUGGGGUUGGGGUGGGAGUGGGGCAGGGUUAUCAUGGGAAGUGGUGGACGAGGCAUUUUCCCAGAGGGCAGGUGUUGGCAACCUUUCCAUGUCACGUGCCACACUGCCAACCCCUUUUUGGGUGUGCAGAGUUAGGGACCAAGGCUUGGGGCAUGACCAAAGUUCUCAGAAGCAGAGGAGGAGGGACUGGCAGGGUGCUGGGAGUUAACCACCUCUUGCUUUUUGUGGGUGACUGCCCCCACCAUCACCGCCACCCCCUCUGCUACUCUGGUUAUAGUUUAAGUCUCUGAGAUUGGUAAACUUGUCCUAAUUUGCAUUCUUCGAAACAAUUCCUGGCGGAGGAGCCCAGCAGGAGUCUUGGGGAGAUGGGCAGAAGUCCUUGGAGCCCACAGGGUCUCAGGGUGUGUCAGGCACAUGCCUCUGAAAAGGCUGAGAACUGGCUCUCCCCGGAUUGGGACAGGGACACGCCAGGUCAGAAGAGGCCUGGGAUUUCGAAACGGCAGUUAAUGGCAUCUCCCACAGCCGUGGGCAGGAGUGCAGGCUUCUCUGAUAGUGGCGUCCCCCGUGCAGUAUGGGGUGGGCUUCAUGGGCUACCAAGUGCAGGGCCAGCCCAGACUAAGAGGGGUUUACCUCACAGUCCACAAAGAGAAUGGAAGACAACCUGGCAGGGUCAGAGUCCGAUACCCAGGGUUCUGAGUAUGAGAGAAGGGACCCCAGGUGCCCCUGCCACCUCUGAGCCAAGACUUAUGUAGGAUCUCUUCUGUGUUUAUAUCUUUACAUUUCCUGGAGUCUAUUUUUAGUUUCCUCUUAGUUUUCCAGCAAAAUUCCGUUGGAGAAACGUUGGCUUUCAUUGGCUGAACUAAGGGGUGAGGGAAUGUGUCCUUCGGUAGGCCACUGCUGCUGGGGCCAACAACCCACCCUAGAGGCCUGCUGUGGGACUGGGGAGACAGUGGCUGGAAACCCUAAGAAGUUGGUAGUGGGGCUAGGACGGUGGAGGAGUGAAAACCGGAGGGGAGGACCUUGGAGGUGAACCACACCACUGGUCCUUUGCGUAGGUCACGGCAAUGGUGGAACUGAGGUGGACGUGUUUAGCCAGGGGCUGUCGAGAGAUGACCUAAGGGAAUCGUAAUGUUAGGAUCAUGGACAAUGGAGUGUUCAAGGGAACCAGGGAAUUAGGACAAGUCCAAAUCGAAAGCGCAGAGCAUGGAGGAGGGGACGUAUUGCUUGUUUAUUGACGUGAUGGGGGAAAUCUUCAAGGCCAGGUGAACAAAUUCAGUUAUAGAAAAAUUGAAAUGUGUACAGCAAAGAACGAAGAUUUUUAAAAAACCAGUAAGAUGUGAAAACUGCAUGUGUAGAAUUGAUCUGAGUAAGAGCUGAGCCUGCAUAUAUGCAGUGACCAACAUAUCUUACUUGGUCAGAGGACCAAAUAGGCUGUGUGCCCAGGAGGAAACGUGCACAGGCCAAGACUACUAAGCAAAGCGAUUUUUAAAAGUCAGCCGCUUUCAUGCGUCAGAAAUACAUUUUUAAGAUAUGUCGUGGAGAAACAGACUCCUGGCACUAUAAAAUGGUGCUUCCUGGAGAGAAUUUUAGCAAUACUUGACAAGAGUACAAAAAAAAAUGACUGUAAAGCUCAGUUAUCUCACUUUGGGGAAUACGUUCUGGGAAAAUAAUUCAAAAGAAAAGAAGUAUUUGCACAGAGGUAUUUGUGGCCACCCUAUAAAUUACAGUCUUGACUGGAAACUGCUCAGCUGUGGGGGACAGCUAAGUAGAUUGUGGUCUGUUAGGACAAUGAGCUACUGCCUUCAUAUAUGAUAACUAUGAAAACUAUUUACAAGAAUAUGUUGUGUGAUGUAAUCACAAGGCAAAAAAGAAUUUGGAUUAUGAUCACAUGAUGAUCGCAACAAGGUGAAAGCAUGUCUGAAUCAUUACAAGUGGAAAUAGGUUCAAAAUAUGUAAAUAGUCAGUGAUUUGGGAGAUUGGGUUCUUUCUGAGUUAUUUUGUGCUGUUGUUACUCAUAUAUGCACAUUACUACUUAGUUAUUUUUGUCCAUUAAGUAACAUAUGCUUGAAUAUUUACUUUAAAAAUACACCUCUAUUAAUGAUAUUCAAGAAUAGCUACUGGAUUUGCGAAUGGAUAUGUCUCUUAGCACAAAUGAGACUGUUCUGUUAGAAGAGGGGCAGGAGUCGGGGAGAGUACCAGGUGGCAGGGAGAAAGGCCAUCAGAGCAGGGGUCUAUUUGGUGACUGACCAAGGAACCCUCUAUGGGAAGGGUUACCAAGGCCAGUGAUCCCUUAAGGGAGAUCAUUGUGGAGUGCUCAGAAGGCAGGGGAAGGUCUUGCUGAGUUUGCCAACUAAUUCAGACCAACUGGAAACCAAGUGGUGGUUCCAAGGAACCAACUAGUGUCGGAUGAGUUGCAUUGGUGGGGGGGGGGUCUGUCUUUGCAGCUCUGUCUGCAGAGUUAACAAAAUGAUGGCUCAUAGUUGGUGCUCGGUCACACAUGUGUGAAAUGAAUGAAUACCUGUGAAAGGGGAUGGGACAGUGGUAAGCUACCAGAGAUUUGCCACCUUAAAUGACAUAGCCCUAUCCAACCAAGUUGUCCAAAACCUUGGCUUAUGGGAAAUCUCCAGCAGGGGGACACUGGACACAGUCCACCCUAUGCUUGGGGAGGGGACAGUGGGGUGGCCCAGCUCCUAGUCACAAAAGAGUUGAGAUCGGGGUGUCCUGCUUAUGUGUGUGGGGGGGACCUGGGGAUCAUACAUCUUCAGGUUGGAGCAGCAGCUCUACAGAGCUGUGUAGGAGCCAUAUGCCGAGGGCCUGGCUGGUGAAAUGGCUCCAGCCAAGCGGCUCACCCAGGAGGCAAACCAGGAAUAGAGACCUUUAGAAAGGAAGUGCCACCUGCCUACAAGAAACCCUGACGCUCCAGACAUACAGGAGCCACGUGACUUUCCCGGAAGCUGUAAGCAUCUUGGAAAGCCAGGUGGUGGGAGAUUGACAGAAAUUCUAAAUUUUCCUCAUUAAAGGGUAGGGGUGGGAAGGCACAAAACACUGGCAAAAUAUGAAAUAGACGGGGAGUAUCGCAUUGAGCCAACUUAGAGGUAAAAUCCCCAGCAUCUUAACUGUGACCUGGGAAUCUUAACAAAACCCACAGAAAGCACCACUCAGCAGCGAGGGAACGAGUUCUUGGUUAAACUACAGAUCGUAAGCAAUCAGGAACAGUGUGAAGGAUAUGCCCCCAUCCCCACUGGACCACGACAGUUAGCUUGGCCCAUCAUUCCUUCUCCUGUUUGGAACUCUCCAGCUGGUGCAUGUACUGGUGAUAGGAGAAUGCCAUUCAUUCAGGUCGGGAGAAAGGGAGCAGAAACCUCUUUCAUAUACUAGUACUUUGCACCUAAAAAAGUGAAUGAAGAAGCAGAGACCUGGGUUGAGUACCGGCUCUUCCACUUAAUAACUAUAUCUUGGUCUAGCUCCCUAACCUCUCUGCACCUCAGUUUCUACAUCAGUUAAGUGGGGCUAAUACUACCCACCAUGCCCACCUCACAGGGUUGUGAGGACUGGGUGAGAAGUAGAAUUAUUUGUAUUUUGUAUGCCAUAAGCUCAAAUCCGAGGUAUUGGUUAGGAAAAAGCUCAGCUCACUUGUACUAACAAAAUACUCUUACAUCAGUGUAAGCUUGAAUGGGAUGUUAUGUGCACAUAUUGCAGAUAAAAGCUCAACAUCUGCAUAGAGCGGUUACCUUUUCCUUUGUAGAAGACUUAUUUUGCAUUCCAGGAGUUAUUUGAAAAUGCCAUGUACUAUAACACAACCGUGACUAUAGGAGCAGAAGGGACCAAUGGCCAGCUUGCUAAAAUGCGAUGCUAUUCCUAAAAGCGAGCAGAUAACCAGACCGUACUAAUGAAGGACUGAUAACUAUAGAUUCCUAGAGGUUCAAAAUGGCGAGAGUGGCCUAAUCUCUUGAUAAUCUAGAGAAAAUAUAAUUUGGGAGGGAAUAGCUCUCCUUUCAUUGUAGUCUUAUUAUUACUGUGUCUAUAAAGCCAUGCUAUAUAAUAAAUCUACAGAGAUAAAAUUCCACAGGGGCAGAAGUCCAAGAGAGAAGGCAGAUCUUCCAAGAAAAUUGGUGAGAUCGGUGACCUGAGCUGGGUAGGUGGGUGUCAAGAUCAAGGACUUGACCAUCUCUCCUUGGCAGGUCAGCUGGGAGCUAGAUUUAUCCCAUGAAUUAAAUGGGAGACUGGACAAGGGUCCAGAGUUCUGUUUUGGGGAGAAUGCAGUCUUGGACUAGCUGGAGUAGAGAGCUACCAGAGAGAGCACGCGAAAAUGUUCCUUGCAAGAGGAAGACCAAGUUCCGAUGCAGGUUGAGGAAGAUUAGUAACUUGACCAGAGGUAGCAGAACCAUCCUACCCAACUGGUUGGUGAGUAUAGUUUAGUUAAAUGGAUCAGGACAAAAGCAAAAAAGGAUCUUUGAGGGACCACAGAUGCCUUUGGUUGCAGGAGUGAAUAAGGUGCAGCAGGGUCGGGGUGGGCCUCACCUGAAGCCCCAGGUGAGGAAUCUUUGGGACCAAAUAGAGAAGGGCCUGUGUAUAAAGAGGCGAUCAGGAAGUAGCCUUGGGGAGGUUUUAGAAGGCAGCCUGACUUGUCUCAGGAGAACAUUUGAACUGGUUGGCGUAUCAGCCAAGAGAGAGGGUUGAAAUUGUAACUGGGGCUUCAUUAUCUAUGGUGUCAGCCCAGUAAAUUUCUUUUAGUUGAAAUGGGCUGAAAAAUGUGCUGUAAACUCUCAUUCCUUCAGUUGUGUUUAUAUCUUUAUCUUGUUGCUGAAUAAAUUCUUCUUAAAAUUUUGAA